UGAAAUUGUUGCAAAAUAUUCAAAAUCUGUUUAUAAAUGCAUUGUUUCCAUGAUUUGUGUCAGUACUGUACCUGUAAUUGCAUUGUUGUUAUUCUACCUGUCUUUUUGUAUGGUGAUUAUUUUGUAAUUUUGUUCGAAUUUCUUUGGAGUGUCUAUUUUCUCAUCAAUUAUACAGCACUGUAGCUGUUUAUGUAUCAAGCAAUUUGUGAUUACCUUUGGGAUUACCUGUACAAAAAUGGUAUGACUUGUUUGAUGCCAAUACCCCCUGGACAGAAUAGAGUUUUAUCUUUUGGGUGGUGGUAAGAGCAUUGGGGGGGAGGGGGUGAUGGUUUAUGGUGCUUAAUGUCUUGCUCACUGAGAGGUAAGGGUGUGAACAUGCUGUUUUUCCCGCUGAUCAUCCUGUUUUUCCUUCACGUAAUGGGGUUGACGAGGUGUCAGAGUGCCGCUGGUGUCUGAGGAGAAUGUCAAGUGACAGCAGAGAUGGAUGACAGAAAACGCCAGAAAGGCGAUGACAACCGAAAGAGACAGGUGGAUUUCCAGCUGUUCUACAACCUCCAGAGCUUUCUCCGGCGAAAAUAAGAAUACUUUUUCAUAAAGGCUUGCAAGACGAUACCAAAGGCUUUGACACUGCGUAGAUAAAAUCAAUGAGUGUCAACUUCAGCGUUUUUUUUAACUUCCAAUUGACAGAACGAGCUUUUGAUUUCGGAUUUGGAUAAAAUGGCUAAGUCCGGCACGCGAGGCAGGAUAGAGCUUCAGGUAGAGGACCCCUGGCUGGACAGGUACCAGGUAAUGGAGAGCUGCUCCAAUGCUAGACUCAAGGCUCGUCUGCCAGUCUUGGGGUGGCUGCCCAGGUACAGACUGACCUGGCUCCAGAUGGACCUGAUCGCUGGGGCAACAGUGGGUCUGACCACAGUGCCCAUGGCCUUGGCGUACGCUGAAGUAGCUGGCCUACCUGUGCAGUAUGGCCUGUACUCGGCGUUCAUGGGGGGGUUUGUGUACUGCAUCUUCGGAACGGCAAAGGAUUUGGCUCUUGGCCCGACGGGCAUCAUGUCCCUCCUCUGUGCCUCUCACGUGCACCACGAUCCCAUCUACGCCGUGCUCCUGACCUUCCUGUGUGGGGUCAUCCAGGUCGCUAUUGCCCUUCUGAAGCUGGGCUUCCUGCUGGAUCUCAUAUCCCACCCGGUGAUUAGGGGCUUCACUUGCGCUGCCGCCUUCACCAUCAGCGUUGGGCAACUGAAGAACAUUCUGGGUCUUCAGGAUAUUCCUCACCAGUUCGUCCUGCAGCUCUAUGACAGCCUUCGCAGGAUACCUGAAUCCAGGUUGGGGGAUGUGACCUUGGGCCUGCUCUGCCUCAGCUUGCUGACGAUGCUGAUGAGGAUGAAGAAUUACGGGCAAGGUGCAGGGGACCUGACCACCCAGAGUCACGCCCGCAUCUUGCUACGAGGCCUUGCCACAGCGCGCUGUGCCCUCGUAGUGAUUGGCGCCACUGCCGUGGCAUAUGCGUGCGAGGAAUCCGGGAAUGGAAUGUUCACCAUUAUGGGUUCGACCUCCCAGGGCCUCCCCCCGCUCAGAGCUCCGUCCUUCUCCGAGAUCACAUCCGACGGAGAGGUGAUCACCUUCAGUGAGAUCGCACAGGAUCUGGGAGGAGGACUGGUUGUCAUCCCUUUCAUGGGAUUACUGGAGAGCAUCGCAAUAGCCAAGGCCUUCGCCAGCCAGAACAACUACCAAAUCGACACCAACCAGGAGGUCUUUGCAAUCGGCCUCACCAACAUCCUGGGGUCCUUCGUCUCUGCGUAUCCCGUCACUGGGAGCUUUGGAAGGAGCGCCGUGAACUCGCAAACUGGGGUGUGCACACCACUAGGGGGCGUGGUGACAGGCCUGAUCGUGCUGCUCUCUCUGGUCUUCCUCAUGCCACUCUUUUGCUACGUCCCUAAGGCCGCUCUAGCUGCGGUCAUCAUCUCCUCUGUGGCUCCCAUGGCUGACCUCCGAGGGUACCAGGAGAUCUGGGAGGUUGGAGGAGUGGACCUGGUGUCUUUCCUGGUGACCUUCCUGGCGAGCUUCUGGGAGAUGCAGUAUGGCAUUGUCGGAGGUGUAGCUGUUUCCGGAGCAAUCCAUCUGUUCAGUUUUACAAGGAAAAAGUUCUCUGUGAACUCCAGCAUACACCACUCAUGACUCACCCUGGAGAAACUUGAACAAUGUAUCAGCAGGUCACCUCCUCACCUGGAUUAUUUUGCCCUCAGUAGUCCUGUCAAUUUUGAACUUCCUUGAUGAUAUUUAACCAUAUAUUUAAUAAAAUGUAAUGUUUCCUCAAAAACUGAUGCACAUGAAGUUACAGGAAGAGAAAUAAUGUGUCUGGGGAAGAUUGCGUUGAGAUGUUCUCGUAAACUUUCACCAUCUCAACCAAACAUGGUGCAUCAGCGACCUCCGGUGGUGGAUGCGAGAACCGCGCAGCUCUACUGGCGGAAUAUUGGGUGAAAUCAAGGGUGGAGGAAGGCAGGGGAACUCCAGAGGACAAGUCGUGCUUGUCUGCACUCUCCCAAAUUGAGAAAGGAAGUUGCAAUGAUGAGAUGGACCUAUGUGUGCAACUGGACAUUUCAAGUUUGGAGAGGAUAAAAAAUUGAGAAUGAAAAAAAAA